AUGCUGGUUACCAUGAGGCUAGUAGCCAAAUUCAACUCAUACUAUGCCGACAAGCCAGUUCUAACGACAAUGGUCACGAACUCCGUCCUCGGUGGAGUUGCGGAUACGGUGGCCCAAACCAUCACAGCCUUCAGGAUGCGAUCGUCACAGCGCCAGGCGGAUUCGGAGAACGGAAUCAUAUCGAUUGAAAUACAAGACUUUGAUAAGGAGAAGCCUCCACAGUGGGGAGAGUUGGGAUAUGCAAAGAAUCGGCCUUCGCCAUUUGACUUUGAACGGCUGACACGAUUCAUGGCCUAUGGGUUUUUCAUGGCGCCAAUUCAGUUUCAAUGGUUCAAGUUCUUGUCGCGGGCCUUUCCCAUCACCAAGACCUCGGCAACAGGACCUGCUUUUAAAAGGGUUGCCGUGGAUCAAUUGAUGUUUGCUCCUUUUGGCUUGUUCUGCUUUUUCACGUUCAUGACUCUGGCAGAAGGCGGAGGCCGAAGGGCGUUGAUGAAUAAGUUCCGUGACAUUUACCUACCGACGCUCAAGGCCAAUUUCAUUCUAUGGCCUGCGGUACAAGUCUUGAACUUCCGUGUGGUUCCCAUUCAGUUCCAAAUUCCAUUCGUUUCCACCGUGGGAAUUGCAUGGACGGCGUAUCUGUCCCUUUCCAACUCGGCAGAAGAGGAGUAA